GUUAAAGUCUGAAAUUGGGGUGAAAAGUUCAUGAAAAAUUCCCCAAAAAUGAGAAAAUAUCUGGAGACAGUCACUAUUGGAUAACAAUAAAGGUUGUUUUAAAUACCAAGCACUAUACAAAAUGAACAUAGCUUCAUAUUUACAAGAGAGGCAGUAUGGCAAGAAGAGAAUUGGAUCAUCCAAAUGUGUCAGUGACUUUGUAGAACAAAAGUUCACAGAGUCUUUUGUAAAUAAGCCAUGUGCAAUAUCUGGAAGAUGUAGGUCAACAUUUGUUAUGCAGUUUAGUCCUGAUGGGACUAAGGUAGCAUCCACACAUGGUGACCACUCUAUCCAGGUGACAGAGCUGUCCAGUGGCCGGCUGGUGCGCACGUUGACAGGCCAUCCCCGCACCCCUUGGAGCCUUGCCUUCCAUCCAUCCUCAAGCCACAUCUUGGCAAGUGGCUGUCUUGGGGGACAGGUCCGCAUCUGGGACCUAUAUGGCCAUGGGUGUGAUGUUUGGGAGACAGAAAACUCAACAGUGGUUGCCUCCCUUACCUUCCACCCCGUGGACCAUGUGCUUGUCAUUGCUGCGGGCAACACCCUGUACUUCUGGGACUGGAGCAAGCCCGAACCCUUUGCGGCUUGCAAGACCACCUACGAAUAUGAGAGGAUCAGAUGGGUAAAGUUUGACGGUCAGGGUAUGAACCUUUAUACUGGAAUAUGUAACAGUGUGUCCAUCUCCCGUGAGCCACCUACUGUUGUAGGCAGUGAGGACAGAGCUGGUACAUCGGGUGAGACAACGAGAUUGAGCUCCGUGUAUAGUGACAUUGUAAACUACUACCAGGAGUUCCGGAGGGAUCGUCUACUCAGUCAGGCUCGACCCCUUCCACCAAGCCAGCCGAUUGGCACACAUGCUGCUGAGCCUGCUGGUUCAGGGGCGUUUGAAGGUCAUCCCCUGCUGAUGCCCAUAGAUACAGCAAACCUUGAUGCCCAGGAGCGUGCUCUCAGUCAGAGACAGCAAGAAAUACGCUCCAAUGAAAUUCUCUUCUUGGGCUAUGCCCAGAGGCUGGCACAAAUCCCAUCCUCAGAAUCUGGUCAGGGUGAGCAAGAGGAAGAAGAAAUUACCGGGGUUCAGUCACAGUCUACAGGAAACCAGAGACCAAGCAUCCAGUCUGUGUUUGGGAGUCCAGUGAGCCAUGAUGUACUGUUGGAUCCAGCGUCAGACCCUCUACUAGCAUCUGCAGGAAAUGUAGAAAUCAAUACUGGCGAUCAUGGUCAGAUUCCGCAGUUUGGAACCAGUGCUUUUGCUCCCAGGUUUCUUGCUCCUCCCCUGCGUGGAGUGACCAGUCCCCCUCCUAAUAACCAGGAACAUGAAGAUUUCCCAAUUACCACAGAUAUAGAGGUCAACCUGGAUUCACUGCUACAACAUCCUCCAAGACUGGAAUACAUGCGCCCAUCUCUGUCUGCCUCUGCAGCCACCUUCCCUAUUUCUAGUCAAACAUUCGAGAACAAUCUUACAUCAGAUGCUAGUAUAUCCUCGUCAGGAAGCACACAUAAUGAGGACCUUGGAAGAAGUGAAAGACAAAGUCAACCUAUAUCAUCUGUGACCAGACAUUCCCAUACAAACCUUUUUUCCCUUCAGCUACAAGGUUUGAUGCCAACAACUACAAGCUCUUUAGUUACUGUAUCCACGGGCACUCAUUCUUCAAAACCAUUCCAAAGCAUUAGAGAAAGACUUCUGUCAGGCCAACCGCUUAAUCCAGUUACAUGUUCAACAACAACAACAGUACAUUCCCAGUCUGAUGGCAUACCAAAAGUAACCGUGAUAAUGAGCACAACCACCCAGCCAGUAGCUACUACAUCUAGGGCAGCGAUUGGUGCGGGAAACCCUGCUCAGGUCGGCGUUAUCCCCACUGUAACAAUCCUGCCUUCAAUGGAAAACUCCCAGCUAGAUUUAAACACAAGUGCAAGAAGACUGGGAAUUGAAACUACUGGAACAAGUGAACUUGUUAACCAGCCAACAAGUGCUACCAGAUUUGCAGAACCUACUUAUUGUGAUAACAGUUCUAGUUCAAAUGACAGUGCGUCCGCUCUUGGAUCAAUGCAUAAUAUUGGUAACAAUGAAACUGUACCUAGUGCUCCCAGCUCUUUGUCCGAUGCUCCAAGCAGUGUUAUAGUGGAUUCUGGUCUUUUAUCUAGGAAUGUUAGUGCAAUACCAUGUCAAGCGCAAACACUAGGGAAUGCUGGAGUUGAAGGAUCUAUUAACCAGGAUGUAGCUUUAGAAGAGAGGCUACUUCAAAGUAACAUCUUAGGGGAUCUGUUCCCUAGCUCUUCUUCUGUUGUGGCCAGCACAAGCAGCGUUACCACCUUGUUUCAGAACAUAUUGCACAGAUCAGGAACGCUCCCAGAAUGCACCACUUCUUCUUCGGCAACAGGUCUACAGAGGGCACCGUACAGCCAGACUAGAGCCCACCCAUAUCUGCCCCCACAGUCAUACCAGCACAGGACUCGCUACAUGUCCAUAAUGGGGCCAUAUCUGGAGAGCCGGGGCAUUAACCCUGUCGUUACUCUACCUUCAUCCAUGGUUCUUGAGGAGAGAACUCACGACAUCCCAGCUGUUCCAGACAACAAUGCAACAGAAACAGCAUCUCUAAGUCAACAUUCAAGAGACCAAGCUUCUAGUGAUACAGAAACGGAACUCAGUGCUCAUCUGAGUACCUCAGCUGCUUACUUCUUGCCUAUCUCAGACGAUCAGCGUAGGAGCCUGUCUUCGACGAGUCUGAAUAGAGGCACAGAUUCAGCGGUGUUGCGGCAGUUCAAUGCAUCUGCAGAAUCAACUGACAGUGCGCUAGGAAACAGUUCAAGGGGUAGCUCACAGGGGCAGGAGAUAGAGCUUGUUGUGGACCAGAAUGAAAACUACACCACUCACCCUGUCUCUACAAGGAACAACAUUGAUUCUCAGAAUGCCAGCAGUACCCAGAAUAUCAGUGUGCGGAAUCAAGAUGAUAACAAUAAUUCGAUACAUAUUGUAUCAUCAAGUAAUGUGCAAAUACAGAGCACAGGAAGUACCUUACACCACACAGGAAGAAACACAAGUGUUCAGCAGAGGGGGAACAGUGCAUCUGGUGGUGGUGGAAAUCCUUCAGGAGGCGCUCUUGGAGAGAGACAUGACGAAUAUGUAAGAUUAAGAGACAGUUUUGUAACAAUGACUGACCAGAUAGAGCGAGAAAUGAAUGAGCUUAAUCGUAGAAUAAAUGCGCUAAGGGACACUUUCAAUCAGAGUAUUCGUAACCUGCGCCAGGACAGACAUCGUUAUGAAGCCCUGGACACGAUGCUAGCACGGGAGACAGGGACUAACCUUGGGCCACACAACCCUGUGCCAGGUGUACCCAACAUGUCCAGUGCUCCACCUAGAUUUGGUCUGCAGUCUCUUUCCCAGCCCAGCAGCUCCACUACCACAGGUGUGGUUCCCGGCCCGCCCACUCUGCUGGAGUCUUCCCUGCGUUCUCACCAGCGCCAGGUACAGGCCAGGCUCCCUCACCUACCCAGGCUACCCAGGAACAGCAGACCGUACAGUAUGGAGGGCGGGGAGGAGGGCAGCCACUGGCGGACGUUACAGCGCCACUACCUGCAUCCACACUACUCCUCAAGCAUCCUUGACGAGACCAUCAACCGACCAAACAAUGCUGUUCAGUCCGCAAUCAACCGCGCAAUAGCAGGUGCGUUUAUGGGAUCCGGGGAGUCAGCUGUGGCAAACAACAUCAUCAACCACACCCACCGUAUCCAGGCAUGGGACUUCUCACAAUGUGAUAUUCCGGACAUCUCACAAAGUACAGUGAAUGUGGUAGUGUCUCACUGUAAGUUACACAACGAUGUCAGUGCGGACAUCUCACAGACGGACACACGUCUGGCCACCUUUGUCCCCAGUCAUCAGGGCUUUCCUGAUGACAACAUUUUAGCCGUCUACUCCCUUGAGCCAGCAACCAGGGGCCAGUGUCUCUACACCAAGAAGUUUGGUCCAAAUGCCAUCUCUGUAAGCAUGUCGCCCUCCAACAACUAUGUGCUGGUCGGGCUGGCUGCUAAACGGCUGUCCUGGGUCUUCACCUCACAACAGCUUGUGGCCCAGGUUUACAGACUGGAGAAAAAGCAAGCUGGGGAAAAGUCAAUGAAGCAUAUAAAAGAUGUGAUGCACAUAUGCGAUGCAGAGACUCGGACGCAUGUGAGCGGAAACUCGGCUCGUUGGCUCCCAGCUCCAGGUCAGGGCCUCGUAUACGGGACCAACAGAGGGGACCUUAAUAUCUGCAGACCAGGCCUGAAACAUGUGGAAGGGCGCUCAGGUGUGUCACAAAUAUACGAGCUUGAAAACCAUGCAGAAAAUAUUGAUAGGUUGUUCCCUCACCUUCUUGGAAGAAUGCCGUACCGUCAUGUGACUGCAGCAACGCAAACAGCAGGCAUCAGAAGGUCAGCCAGCACGCAGACUGGUCUCGAGGAUCAGACUUAACAACUACGUCAUGUGACCUUAGCAACGCAAACAGCCAGCAUCAGAAGUUCAGACAGGUCACAAGGAUCAGAGUUAAUGACCACAACUCUUGGGCAUUUUAUAUGAUUGUGCUUGAUAAUUUAUGUUAUUGUGUUACAACAAGAGAAAUUUUACCAGAGACUUAUUGGAGAAAGUGAAAUAGUAAUAUUGUUUCCCCUCUUAUUUUGGAAGACUAUUGCAUUGUAGUAAAGGAGUAUUACUGGAAAAAAUGGCAUUGUCAUUAAUACCAUAGUCAAGUUAUUGUGUAAAGAUGAUAUGCCUGUAACAAUCAAUUAUACAUUUAUGCGAUGUCUAGAAUAAUUCAUAAGUUAUUGUACAAAAAAUAUUUGAGCCUUAUCAUAACCUCAUCUGUUUUUUGAAGAGAUGUUUUGUUGUGUUGGUGUCAGCAACAGUUAUUGCCUAAGGCACUGUCAGGCAUUUUUUAACAUAGCCGUAACUUUUAAACCAUUCAAAUUUCAAGAUAUCCAAAUGAAACUUGGUACACGUUUUGCAACAGACUCUGACUUGUGUACAGCAAGGCCCAUAACUCUGGCUUGAGUAAUUGUUGAGUUAUGCCCCAUACUUGACUGAUUAAAUCAGACAAGUGUUGAUGUUUGCUCUGUGGCGCCCUUGUUUCCCACAGUUAGGAAAUUUGAUGUUCAGAUCUUAUAUGAAUUGAGCAUUCAUAAUACCAAUCACAAAUCAUGUAAUAAAUCUCAGUAUCAAAUUGGUAAUUUAAUAAGUCAUAUGACUUUACAUGCAGAUUGGCAAUUUUAAUUAUUCAAGAAUGAUAUUUUUGACUUGGUUCAAACACAAACUCAUCCAUAUUCUUAAACACUUGUUGAAUGUUAAUAAUUCAUGAUUACAUAACCAUUCAGUCGGACCUUCUCUCUAUAAGGGUACAAUGUAUGUAGAACAAAUGAAAAGAUGGGGCCCCCUCCAAAUAAUAAGACUCCAUUGUGUAUCUUAAGAUUUAUCAAUCCUUAUCAAAUACAACCAAAGAAUGAAAGAGUGUCUUUCCUUUUCAAAAACAGCGAAAGAAUAAAUUUGAAAUAAUUAUUUCUCUUGUUGCUGUGAGUUUUCAUUUUUGUCCCAACAAUUGACUGAAACUUGGGUAGAUAAAUUCCUUCUUUUAUGGUAUGUAAAAUUUGUUUCACAUUUUCAUAUUAUACAUGUAAAUUAUUGAACUACAUGAAUUGUUGAUUUAUAAAUUAUGUUUUUUUGGAGGGACAUUACAUGUGAUGGUUUAUGUUUGUUAUUAUUCUUGGUCCACAAUUUCCCCAAGUCUUAUAAAUUUCAGAUACGUUACUGACUUAACAUGGUAUUUCUGUUAAGUAUAGAAUUUUGUUAAGAUUUAUAAUUGGCACUCCAGACUUAAAACCUUUAAUGAUCCGUGUAUAAGCUUAUUUGUUUUUUAAAGAUUUUUUUCUGCAAAAUAUUGCUAGACUUGGUCUCAUUGCGGUUCAAAGCGGGUUCAAGAUAUUCACAUAAAACUUAGUAUCAUAAUACAAGUUACCAUGGACAUUACGUACAUGUUUUAAAACUUCCAUAAGUCUGACUAUAUGUGUAAUCCAGUAGUGCCCCUUAUACAUCAGAUGAGCACGGUAAGUCCUAUAAGACAAACUUUAUGUUGACCUCCAGUUAUGUCUUGGAAUUUCAUACAAUGUCACCUCCAGUUAUUGCGCUUGGAGUUGUCUUACACUCUUCAUAAAAAUGGACAAAACUUAGAACACUCAUUGUCUGAAAGCGGAGCACACAGCGCUUAGAUAUUUGACAUUUAGCCAGGGUUAGGUGCAACCUAGGGCUCAUGGUUUCUAUAGAAACUUCCAGAAAAUGUUAAUGCAUGAAAAUAAAUGCUAAAAGCUAAAAUAGCCUAUGAAUUCGGUAUAUAAAAUUAGCUAUAGAAUCAUGUCUCUCGAAGCAUGUUUGUUCGAAGUAUUUUCUAUCUAAUAUCUUCCAAGAAUUUAUAGAAAGAGAACUAUGUGCACCGUUUUCU